AGAUGAAUAUUUUGUGGAGGAAGAUGGGUGGACUCAGAUUUUGUCCACAUGAACCUCCAUUUCCUCACAUCCGUGAUACACGACAAUGGUUCGUUCUGAUUCUGAAAGAUGAAGCUGAAGAAGAAGACCCGUAAGUUGUUAUGCGUCUUCCAUGGCCUUUCAUUGUGUUCGUUACUCUUUUUCACCGUUGCCAGGCAAACCCAACUUCAAAUUAGUUCAAAGGAACAACCCUGCUCUUCUCUUUUCUUCAUUCUCUACCACUCGGGCUUCUUACAACACUCUCGUCUCUGAGGCUGUUAGGAUAUUGGUUCCUCCAGCAAGAUUUGAAGCUUCCAAGUUAAAAGUUGUGUUCAGUAGAGAAGUGACAAAGUCUGCAGGAAUUAUCCCGAGAACAUAUAUUCUAUCACAUUGUGACUUUACUGCUAAUCUCACCUUAACCAUCUCUGACGUUAUCAACCUUGAUCAGUUGAGAGGGUGGUAUAACAAGGACGAUGUGGUUGCUGAGUGGAAGAAAGUAAAGGAUGAAAUGUAUCUUCAUGUGCAUUGCUAUGUGAGCGGUCCGAGUUCUUUGCUCGACGUUGCUGCAGAGUUUAGAUACCACAUAUUCUCCAAAGAAUUGCCUCUUGUGCUUGAAUCUGUUCUGUAUGGAGAUUCAAUUCUGUUUGGGGAGAACCCUGAGCUCCUAGAUUCCUUGGUCAGAGUAUAUUUUCAUUCUAGUUCACCAAAAUACAAUCGACUCGAAUGCUGGGGGCCACUCAAGGAUGCUGUACUGGGGAGGCAUCAUCAUAUUCAAGGACUCCUGAACGGAAGUAAGGAUGUGUCCUCUACUAAAAAGUUGAGAAGCCCCAAAUCAAUCUUUCAAGCUCUCUUUGCUUUCCUUCUGUGAACUGCAUUGCAUAAACUGGUAAAUUGUUAUAAUGUUAAUCUUCAAGAAAUAGCUAUCUUUUAAAAGUUUAAACUUCCAUUUAAUGCAAUUCUUUUGUGGAAUGAGCAAAAGGGUACUCUUGUUUUGUGGAAUGUAUGAGUAACUCUUUGCUAAGGGAGAAAGAUGCUUCUGUGGGUCAGUUUAUUCUUUGACAAAAAAGAAAUGCAUAUUUGUUUCUGCAAUUCUUGUGUAAAUGAGAACAAUUCCUUGAAAAUUGUUUGGUGGCUAAUCUACUUGCAUCUUGUUACCUAA